CUCAACCUCACCAAGGCACGUCCCACUAUGGCCAACACCAUCAAUCUCCUCCGGUCCCUCCUCUUGGUCACCCUUCUCUCCUCCCUCCUCGUCCGCCCGUCCGAAUCCACUGUCGUCCAACGCCGAUCCGCAAAAGAGACUUCGGCGGUUUUCAUCGGAGAAUGCCUCUACAACCACAACACGCUGAGGGCAAUCCUCAACCUCCCUCCUCUCCAAUGGAGCGAAGAGCUAGCAGACUAUGCCAGGUGGUGGUUGAACCAGCUGAGGGCCACCUGCGCUAUGGUCCACUCCAACAGCGACUACGGCGAGAACUUGUUCUGGGGGCAAGGAGACGGGUGGACGGCCACCAAGGCGGUGGAGGCUUGGGCGGCUGAAGGGCCGGACUACAAUUACGGGUCGAAUACGUGCAUGCCGAAUAUGGAUUGCACGCAUUACACGCAAAUGGUGUGGAGGACCACCACCACGGUUGGGUGCGCGAUGAUCAAGUGUUUAGAUGGGGAUACAUUGAUGGCGUGUGAGUAUGCUCCGCAUGGUAAUACCAUUGGAGAGUGGCCAUAUUAGAACAGAGGUCAAGUCUUGUACACUAAAAAGCACUUAUAUCUCUGUUCCCUUACAAUUUUCACCGCAAGAUUAAUUGCAAAAUAGUCUAUGCUCAGAAAGAAUCUUUUGUGCAAUCGUGUGGCCGUAUUAUAGCAUUUGGUUUAUUUAUCUUGUGAAAAUUUGCUACGGGAAUGUUUAAUAAGUUGGUCUGAGAAUUAAAUGUGGCCCUAGCCGUUGCUGUUUUC